GAUGGCAACAAUUAAACUGAAGUACAUCACGAUGGCAUGUGUGCUGGCUGCUACUGUAGCUGCAGGGUCGCACUGCCACAACGACUACUACCAGCUUAAGAGUGUCGCCCAAGCGCAAGAGGAGUGUGCCCGUUACCAGGGCAUUCCGUGUGCCCGGCUAGCCGUCUACAACAAGUAUAUCUAUCCGAACGAUACCCAAACGCAAUGUAUGGUACGUUGCAUGGGCCUCAACCUUGGCUGGUGGAAUGAUACGCACGGAGUACAGGAACCGGCAAUGCGGAGCUUCUUCCAUCCGGACCCGGACGACUGCGACUACGAGCGCCGUACCUACCAUUGUCUUAAUUCUCAACGUCUCAAUCACCCAUCACCACACGUCGAUGUUUGCGAGCGUGCGUACGAAUCCUUCCGGUGUUACUACGAGCAGUACGGCAACAUCGUCGUAACGCCGCAGUUCGUCCCACUGAGUGAUCUGCAGCAGGUAGAUGUAUUGUUGCAGUGUGCCAAUAUGCUACCAUUAACCAUGGGAAGAUCGUGCGCUGGCGGUAGGAAACCGUCGGAGCGUGAUGUUGAUUGUUUAGCGCGCUGUUUUCUGCUGAGAAGCGGAUUGUACAGUGAGCAACAUGGACCUCAUCUGGACCGUCUGUACGUGCAGUGUAACAAUUACGCGAACGAGACUCGUUUCCGUGAAACCACCGGUACCUGUUACCGGCGGCUGAAGUCGGAAUGUCUGGACGAAUGUGUUCUAGCGGGUCGGUUUUUGCGGGAAUGUUUCUAUGAAGGCGGAUUAUUGGGACCUGUAGCAGCCCUUGGAGGUCUGGGUGGAUUAGUAGGUGGAUUGACCGGAUUACCAGGGUUGGUACCACCUGUAACAUUGGAAUUGAGAGCACCUGGAUUAGCGGCAGUAACUUUAACAUUGAGUGCACCUUCAGUAAUGGUAGGAGCAUUGCCAGUACCUUCAGUAAUGGUAGGCACAUUGGGAGGAGCCGCUAAUGUGGGGUUAUUGUAAUUGUCAGAACAUGCGAUAAUAUCCGUAUUAGAACCAGGCAAUCUAGGACUGCUGCAAAGUAUUACCCCACUAGUAACAAAAAAAGCAAAAAUCUGUUCAGAAUGAACAUGUUCUAUCUUCUUUGAGAAAAAAAACAAAAAUUCUUCCAACAGCCACAAUCGUCUUGGAACCUCAUUUCAAACAGCAAAAAAGAUCGGUCGUCAUACCCAUAGCCUCAUAGCCAAAUUGGAAACAUUCAGAAAAGGAUCAAUUUUGCUUCUACGACAAAGGUCACAUAUUUUGAAAUAAAACUAUCGCAUUCAUAGUUGUGUAUGCUCA